GUUAGUGAAACUCGGGAGCGGAGGUAACACGCGCAUGUGAAGAAUCAGCCGUUUCUUUCACCAUUUCGCUGCAGUAAGACACUUGGAUCGAGCUCGGGCUCUCACGACUCUAAACCCUAAUCUGCUCUCGGAUAGAGUGAGUGAGAGAGAGUGAGAAGAGAUGGGGAUUCGUUUCUGUCUAUUAGUGCUAUCAAUCGCUGUACUGUGGGCACCUUGUCUAUCCGAUCUGGUCCUAUCGAAGGUUGAUCGACGGAUUGAUUUGACAUCGCAAAUUGUACGCAUCACGUCUUCGUUGAAGAUUGAAAAUGAAGGAGCUGAUCUGGUUUCGCAAGUUUUGUUGCCCUUUCCUGAUCAUGAGGCUAAGAACUUAGCAUAUUUGGCAGCAACAACUAGUGAAGGAAAAGGGAAAGGAAUAGUUUCUUCUUCCAGUCUCCCUAUUGAAGUUGUCAACCCUAAGGGAAUGCCUCAAGCCCUUACAUGGUAUUCUGUAUCAUUGCCCAAGGGGCUUAGUAAAGGGGAGAGGUUGAUUUUGGAUGUUCUGGCUGUUUUCACUCAUUCACUGAGGCCAUUUCCUGAGAAAAUUUCUCAACCUGAAAAUCAACGUGUUGUGUUCCAGGAUAGUGCAUACUAUCUUUCUCCUUAUGCAGUCAAGGUGCAACUGCUUAGUGUUAAAUUGCCUCCUGAUCCAAAGAUUGAAUCCUAUACAAAGUUAGACAAUACCAAGGUUUCCGGUUCAGAGAUUAAAUAUGGUCCAUAUGAGAACCUACCUUCUUUUUCAUACUCACCAAUUGUAGUUCACUUUGAAAACAAUAAGCCAUUUGCUGUUGCUCAAGAGUUGGUGCGAGAAAUAGAGAUUUCCCACUGGGGCAAUCUGCAGGUGACAGAGCAGUACAACCUCAUCCAUGGAGGUGCCCAAACCAUGGGGGAAUUUUCUAGACUGGAGUAUCAGGCUAGGCCUCAUGUAAGAGGUGCGUCAGCAUUUAAGAAUCUUGUUGCCAAAUUACCACCAAGAGCUCACUCUGUUUACUAUAGGGAUGAAAUUGGAAACAUUUCAACAUCUCAUUUGUGGGGUGAUGCAAAAAAGACACUACUAGAAUUUGAACCUAGAUAUCCGAUGUUCGGUGGUUGGAGAACUUCUUUUACCAUUGGAUAUGGCUUGCCACUCAAAGACUUCUUGUUCCAGUCAGAUGGGAAACGUUUUCUUGACUUCUCUUUUGGUUGCCCAAUUGAUGAUUUGGUCAUUGACAAUCUUAUUGUGAAGGUUGUUUUGCCGGAGGGCUCAAGGGAUAUUUCUGUAUCGGUCCCAUUUUCUGUGAAGCAAUGGCAUGAGACAAAAUUUUCCCAUUUAGAUAUGGUUGGUAGACCAGUAGUUGUGCUAGAGAAGACCAAUGUUGUACCAGAACAUAAUCAGCAUUUUCAGGUCUAUUACAAGUUCAACAAGCUUUCAUUGCUGAUGGAGCCAUUGAUGUUGAUUUUUGGAUUUUUCUCCCUGUUCGUUGCCUGCAUCAUUUAUAUGCAUGCUGACUUGACAAUCUCAAAGUCAUCUGCUUCUUAUCUGGCAAGACUGCAGUGGGAUGAGGUACAAACUGCUAUUCAGCAGGUUCAGAGCAUUAUAAAUAGGUGCUUAACAGUCCACGAUAGGCUAGAAGCAUCAUUGCGUGAUCUCUCCAGAACAGGGGAUGUGCAAGCCUGUAAAGCAGCUCGAAAGGCAGCUGACGGUGUGUUGAAAGAGCUUUCCAAAGAAUUGAAGCCCUUGUUGGCUUUUUUGCGUUCUUCUCCUCAAGCCGCUCCGCUAUUGCCAAAGGUGGACGACCUGGUUGCCAAGGAGAAAGAACUGCAGGAAAGAAUAAUGUCUAAACACUCUACGGUGGUGGACUCUUACGAGAAAAAACCUGGGGGACGUGAAAUUGAGAACCGUGUCGCUGCUCUUCAGCAGAAAGUCGCAGCACUAAGGCAGGAGGUUGAAGACAUCCUCGAUGUUAUUGAGGAGAUCUAAAACUAACAAACAUGCACCUUGACCGUGAGGAACACUUUUGUGGGCAAAUUGGUCGAGCUCUGAAUUUGUCUGUGGUCUGAAGGACAGCUUGAUGAAAUAGGUCCAACCAUCUAUGGUUCUUGUUUCAUCUUACAGUAGAUGAUGGUAAUUUAUUAAAGAUUUUGCCCUUUUUGUCUCUCAUUUACAUACACCUUCCUCUAGUUGUGGUUUAGUUGGGGCCGUACUCUUCUCGGUGACUUAAAAGAGUGUGGGGGCUUACAUUUCUAAUGUGGUAAAUGAGUCGUGAAAUCUGUUUCCUCGUAUGGCGUAGAUCGCACUCCCGUCUGUUGGUUGAUUUUUGCUUUCGGGUAUUACAAGAAAAGGUUAUUUAUUUA